CUCACUUUUUUCCCAUAUAUCUAUUAAGAAUGACCUUUCUGUGAACCUUAUCUCUUGUAGACUUUUUGACUACUUCUAUUAUUCUGAAAAUCAUCCUUCAUUAUUUGUAUCAUGUUGAAAGACCUGUAAUCUGAUUACAGUUUCCUGGGAUGGUUCAUCUGUUCACGUCAUUCACCUCAGGGGCAUAGCUGGCUCAGAGAGACUGAUAAUGAGUGACUCAGUAAUUGAAAUUGAGCUGUGUCCACUCCAACAAAAAAAUUACUUAAAUGUUUUACUUAAACCACCAUGCUGUUUAGUCUUAAUCCAUUAGAUCAUAAUCCUGUUUGCAAUCCUUCUGUCAUGUAUGUAUGGUUUGGGGGUUGGUUUGUGCAAGCCAUUCAUGAAGUCAUUCAUAAUGGGUCUUCUGUGUUAUCUGCAGGAGUAUACUGGUGGUGACACAGAUUAACACGAUCUGGAAAUUGAUUAUCUGGAUGCCAGACACAGGAGAUCUAGUGUACCAAAGAUUCAAUCACUUUCAUGUGGGAAAAAAUAAACCAUGCCUACCUCUCCUCUAUCAUAUUACAAUACUGGAUUGUGACACAUGGACACAUGGAACUCUGUCAUGCUAUUUUUGAUGGAUAUAUGACCUAUCCAAGCACUUUUAACGAAAAUAGCGACUGACUUCUAAACUGUCUUGAAAUUUCCUGUGGACAAACACAGCAUGUUGUAGUAGUUCAUCUUUUUGUAUGUUUUUGUGUAUUUGCCAUUUCUCCAUGACUUCUUUUCAUACCACACUAAUGAUAAAGAAGCACAAUGUUCACACAUCAGCUGGAUAAAUACAUAAUAAAAACUGGAUAAAGGAUAAAGACUGUACUUAAUAAUGGCUAAGGACACAAAUAUAGCCAUUUGGCCUUUUCCAUUGGUAUUCUCAGACAAUGGGCAAAGGGGUCGAAUGUUUCGGGGACUUUGUUCUCUGCCUCUUCCACUCUAUUCACUUCUUAUCCUUUCAGUACUAUCCUCAGUGGGACUUAGCAAUGUACCAGGAGUAGAAUAUGAUUGGGGAGCUCACCCCAAGUUAGUUUGCAUGCCUCUACCUGCAGACACUGAUCCAAGUUGUUUUCCCCCAGAUGGGGUUACUCAUGGACCUAUUAUUAAUGGACAUAACAAUGGUCAUGGCAAUAGCCACAGUAACGGACAUGGGAAGGGACAUUUUGUUGGAGGCUUGCCUAACAGUCCUACCGGCAGCAGUAGUCGACGGGGCAUAUCUGAUGAAGCAAAAGCUACAAUUCUGCACUUGAGGGAAAGCCUAGUGCGUCAGAAGGAGACCAUUCUGGAUCAGAGGGAAACUAUACGGGAGUUGACUGCAAAACUGACACUCUGUGAGGGCUUUGGGAGGGGUGCAAGUGGGCACCACAAUGAAGACAACCAUGGACAUCAUGGCUCUCACCACUCUUCACAUCACUAUGACAGUGACCGUCAUUCUGAUCCCCACUAUCCUCUCAAUGGGUACCACAAUGACCAUCACAGAGUAAAGCCACCAUUUAUGGGGAAACAUGGAUUUUCCCCUGAGCAGGCAGGGAAGACCUUGCAGGCUCUGAAAGAGAGGCUGGAGAAUUUACAGGCAAGGAAUUCGUCUAGUACCUAUUCAAGUUCACUGAAAGACCUUCUGCAGCGCAAAAUUAAUGCACUUGAAGAACAGCUCCACCGUCACCAUGACAGUGACCAUGACUAUGGCACCCACGAAUCCCACCCUGGGCAUGGCCACCGUGAUAAUCACCAUGAUGACCACAGUGGAGAUCACCAUGAUGACCAUGAUAACAACCGCCACUAUGGUCAUCAUUACAGUCACUAUUAUGGCCAUCAUCAACUCAGCACACAUGACAAUGAUAAUGAUAAUCACCAUGAUGAUCAUCAUAACAAUCAUAAUGAUGACCAUCAUGAUGACCACCAUGACAGCCACCAGAAUGAACACCAUGAUGACCAUCAUUUUGACCCCCAUGACAGUGAUCACCACAGCAGCAAUGAUCAUGGCCACCAGCGCCAUAGCUCUCUUAAGCCAAUAGCAUCUAGAGCACGUGGUGCCUACAAUAAGUUGGAUUCUGUGCUGAGCCAUCUGUAUCACAGGCCCCCAGAAACAGAAAACCACAAGAGACCUAAAAAUCCUGAUGGCUUUCAAAUUGGAUUCCCCAUGCACACUAACUACAUGUAUGGCCGGAUCAAGCGCACUCUUCUCAAUGAAAUCUUUGCCCUAACUGUCUGCCUCUGGCUAAAGGGGGGUUCAGGCUCAGGGAUAGGCACCCCUUUCUCUUACUCUGUUCCUGGCCAGGCUAAUGAGCUUGUCUUGAUUGAAUGGGCCAACAGUCCAAUAGAAUUACUGGUGAAUGACAAAGCUGUAACGCUACCCCUAUCUCUGCAAGACAGAAAGUGGCACCAUCUUUGUGUGACUUGGUCGACUCGAGAUGGUGUAUGGGAGGCCUAUCAGAAUGGAGUGAAAAGGGGUUCUGGGGAAAAUCUAUCCCCCUGGCAUCCAAUAAAACCAGGAGGAGUCUUUAUACUGGGACAGGAGCAGGAUACUCUUGGGGGCCGCUUUGAUGCCACACAAUCAUUUGUUGGAGAAAUGUCAGACCUACAGGUAUGGUCACGUGUUCUUAACUCUCAAGAGAUAGACAACCAAGCCUCCUGUUCCAGCCACCUCACUGGAGAUGUUAUCGCCUGGAGUGAGUCCAUUGUGGAACUUCAUGGAGGGGUUACCAAAUAUCCCUUUGACCCUUGUCACUAAAGGCCCAAGUGGGUUGCUGCUACUGCUUCUUAACCCUUAGAACCCCAUGAACACAAUUUGCAGGAAUUUUCAUAGGUAUCUUGAUGUCAUAAAUAAGAAUCAUUUAUCAUUUGGGAAUAAGGCACACAUUUUUAGAAGCAGAAAGACUCUUUCCAAGCAUCCUGGUUAUGAAAUACAGUAUCAGUGAGGAAUCUGUUUUUGAAAAUACAUACAUACAUACAUGUUCAGCAUUGUGUUCAAACUGCACAUAUUAUUUCACAGUUUUUCCUCUUCAGAUUAGAGAGAAAGCAAAGUUAUUGUUUUUCAGAGAUGUGGUCUUGACCUCACAUCCAUGCUUUCUAAGUGUCUUUAAAACUUGUCAAAAUAUCUGGAAAAAAAGGGGGUUCAUUCUUUUAGCUCUAAAAAUAUAUGUUACUUACACUAUCAUUAUUUAUUUCCAGCAUUUUGUAAAUUCUUUGUUUUUGUUGUCAAAGGUUAAAAGGUCAAUCUGCCAUGUCAAUCAAAAUGAAGUCAGAUGAUGAUGCAUGCACACUAGCUCUAUAAAGACCAGUUUUAAAUUGCAUAAAAACACAGAAGACUAUAGUUGGACACCUGCUGGAGAGACAUGUAUAGCAAUCAAGAAGACAUAAGUAAAUAAAAGAAGUACAUGAAGUAUACUUAACUAUACUCAAAUGUAUUUUUCAGUUUCAACAAACAGUAUGAUACUAAAUUCCCAUGUCAUUCAGAAAUAAAUAAAUAAAUAAAUAAAUAAAUAAAUAAAAAGAUCAGAUCUCUGGAUGAAACCAAGAGGAGACAAUAUCAACGAAAAAUGUUUCAGUCUUACACUAAUCAUAUAUUAUUUCACCAUACCAAGCCAUAGAGUGUUCUAUCAUCAAAGUUCAUGUGUUCUUAUAGAGUACAACAAUUAGUUUCCAGUCCACUAAUUUUGAUUGGAUAAGUAGCAUUAUUUAGUAUAACAACACUGGUACAUUUCACUGUUUGUAUUACUCUGUCUGUGUUCGAUAUAAAAUUUGAAUUCUAGCAAUAGUUCAUUACAUUGACACUGUUACUACACUUCCUAUGGGCUGUCAGUCAGUCUGUGCAUGACAACACACAACGCUCCAUCCAGCUGUGGCUUCUCUGGCAAUUAUUUUUGUUGACGGAACAAAAGUAAACUAAAUAUUUGGCCAUAAUGUGUCUGAAAUGUCAGUUACUCAAUAUUCAUUUCUUGUCUAUAGACCUAGAAAAAGCAAUAUUGCACAAUAUGCUUGUUCAGUAUUGCUUAACUAGACCACAGUGACCUAUUAUUACCAUCUGUACUGAAAUAACUUUUUGAUGUACAUACAAAAAAGGUACUAAUUUCAAGAAAAGUAAAAUAGAUUUUAUUGAUAACAAUGGUAAUAACAAAAAUCGUUAUGUCAGAUCCACGUCAAAUAAUAGCACAUCUGUGUAGCCAAGGAUGUUUUGAAAAGAAAUUGUAGUGUGUCUGAAUGUCUGUAGUGAUUGCAAUGUUAGAGGCCUAGUUAAAGGACGUGAAAAAUGCUUAAAAACAGUCUAGGGUUCUAAGGGUUAAGCAAUAACCAUACAAAAUUAAAACAUGCUGUUAAAUAUUAUCCCUGCGGUUCAUUUGUUAUGACAAAGGAAAUUUGAAAGCAACAAGACAAUGACCAUUUGGAUGAUUGAAUAAAUGUUAGUAAGUGUCAAGGGAAGAAAUUUUAAAUGCUUUAUUAGAUCCUGAAGCAGCUCUUAGCAGCAUAGCACAGUGAGAAAGAUUUGGGGCCUAUUUAAAUGUAUUCAAGUGUUUCAUACAAAAAAUAAACAACAAAAACCUUUAUUUUGUCCUGUAAAUAAAUUAUAAUCCAAGGUGCUCUUUUAGUCUGCUUCUCUCUUCAGGUUCAGGUGUAACUGCAGGGAAAAGCUUAGUUUUAGUUUUUUCAUACUUAUGUAACAUGCAUCUGAUCAGUUUUUCAACUAGUAAUGUUUAUGCAUAUAUGUAUGCGUGGCAUGUGUUGAUACUGUGUAAUGUGGAUAAACGUGAAACUAUUUGUAUUUUUUCAUACAAAUGUUACAUCUAUAUUUCAUACCAAUUUGCAUUUGAAUACUACAGGUAGGUGGGGGGUUGAAAUGGCUCUGCAUAUGUACAUGCAGCAAGCCAGGAGCUGCAUGAGAAUGCAGAGGUGUCCAUGGCAACAUAGCUUAAAGAAGGAUUAAACAGACAAAGAGAACACUCUGAUGUAGGCCUAUUCUCUUAGAAUGCAGAACAUGCAAUCUUCCUGGCACUCUCUCUCUCUCUCUCUCUCUCUCUCUCUCUCUCUGUCACUUCCUCAUUCACACAAAUACAGUGGUUGGUGAACAACUCUAUAUUGAGAGAACACAUACUGUAUCAUGGAAAACCAUCUAAAUAGCUUUUGGUUUCUGUAUAAUACUGUUGUAUUUUUAUGAAACAUGAAUUUAUUCUAUUUAUGCAAAUGCUUUAGUAAAUUAUGUUUUGUAAAAUGUUGCAGAAAUGAAAAAAUGCCCAAUGUACAGUAUCUCUAGCUCAUAGCCUCUACUUAAAUGACUUCUAUGUACUAAUGUGUGACAUAAUUUGCUCUGUGUGUGUGUGUGUGUGUGUGUGUGUGUAUGUGUGAGAGAGAGAGGGAGAGAGAGAGAGAGAGAGAAAAUCUGAAAUCUUAAAAAUCUUACAUGACUGGUUGUGAAUUUAC